AUGCUGCCGGGGCGGCGGUGGCGCCGGGCCGGGCCGGCCGUGCCCCUGCGGGCGCUGUUCGGGUACCGGUACCGGGCGGAGGACGGGCGGGAGGUGGCGAUGGCCGCGGGGGAGCGGCUGCUGCUGCUCCGCAGGGCCACCCCGGACUGGUGGCAGGUGCGGCGGCCCGGGGACCCCCCCUGGGCGCGACCCUUCUUCGUCCCCGCCACCUACGUGGCCGAGGAGGAGCCGGGUGACAGCGGGACCCGGAGCCCGCGGACCCCCGGGCAGCCCGCCUGGGGGGGCGGCAGUGCUGCUCGCCGGAGGACCUGUGUGCCCCCUCCGCGUCCCCCCCCCCGCGCCGUGGGCACCGGCACCGGCCAGCUGGCAGGGGGGGUCAUCCCCACCCCCGCGCAGUGCCAGUCCCAGCAGGACACUGGGGGCCGACCCCUCUCUGCCGAGCCCCCCCGGACGACGGCAGGACAGAGCCCCGGAGGUGUGGGGCAGGUGACCCAUGACGGGAGCCUCGCUCACCACAGCCCUGAGGACUGGGGGGCCGACCUUGCCCAGGCAGCAGCCCCCCAAGAGCAGCGUGGAUUCAUGGGAGGCUGCCCUGGCCUGAACCCUGACUCCACAGAGCAGCAAGAAGGUCCUCCAGGCUCAGCUGACCACAAACAGGCCUUUUUUGUGUCCACCAAACCUGUAAAUCGUUGCCCUUUAAAGUAACAAGUCAACAUUGGCUGAUUGCGAGAGAUUUGUUGUGCCCACAUAAUAUGUGGUACGUUUGUACUGCCAAAACCUCCAGUGCGACAUCUCUCUCACCUCAGACCUUGUGCAGUGAAAUAAACCUUUUCUCCUGCUUUAAUGUGACAAGAAGGAUGAGGUGUCCAAGCCAUGACGUGAAUCUCCCAAGUAUUAUCAGCGUCAACGAUUCCAGGGAGCACAAAAAGUCCUGAAUGAGUUGUGGAUGAGCACCCUAACAAAAAUGCGCUGUAACCGUUCCCUGGUGGUCCCCAAACCCCCGUGGGGAGUAACUGCAAAGCUGUAUCAGUUAACAAGACUGACCGGGAGAUUACCAGGUCCACUCCAGCACUCCCUGCGGUGGCUGGCAGAGAGCAGGGACGC